AGAAAGGAAGCCUCUGUUGUCAGCAGCAACACAACCUUGUGCUUCGGAGAGAGAGUGAGAAGAGAGAGAAAAUGAGUCGCGGAGCAGGAGCUGGUGGAGCGAAGGGGAAGAAGAAGGGAGCGAGCUUCGUGAUCGAUUGCGCGAAGCCCGUUGAGGAUAAGAUCAUGGACAUCGCAUCUCUCGAGAAGUUCCUUCAAGAGAGGAUCAAGGUCGGAGGCAAAGCCGGUGCUCUCGGCGAUUCCGUCACCGUUACAAGGGACAAGUCCAAGAUCACCGUCACCUCCGAUUCCAGCUUCUCCAAGCGUUACCUGAAAUACUUGACUAAGAAGUACUUGAAAAAGCACAAUGUGAGGGAUUGGCUUCGUGUGAUCUCCUCCAACAAGGACAGGAAUGUGUAUGAGUUGAGAUACUUCAACAUUGCCGAGAAUGAGGGUGAAGAGGAAGAGUGAACAAUCUAGUUUUCUGUCACAAGACAUUAUCCAUUAGGCGUAUUUAUUGUGGAGUCUAUCUAAAUCUAUCUGUUGUGUUUUUUGGUUAACUUUGUGACUGGUUGCUUCAGAAUUACUGAAUUUAUUUUUCGAAUCAACUUUUUGUCCCAAUGAAAGCUUGAUAGUAAUUUUUU